AUGCCGUCUUUUUCACGUCACCAUCGAUUUCAGCCGUUGCCCAUAUUUCUAGCACCGGAUGAAUGGACAUAUUCAUACAUCGGACUAGAGAACGAUGUACACGUCAUCGCCAUCGCUGACGCUGGUUUUGGGGGAGUUAUGGUACUCAACUUGGACUCUCGGAUAACCCGAGGUGGCGUCGAUUGUGCGUCAGAAGAGCAGUUUGGUUUACUCCAGUAUGCGGUUGCCCUAGCUGCAGACCGUGGAGUUCAGAUGAACAACGCCCUGGGGGGGACGGAGACUCGCGUCAAUCAAAUUGGGGGUCCUGUCACAUUUGUUCAACCACUUGUGAAGGAUGGAUUUUACAAGGAGGUUGUAAUUUUGGCCUACCCUGCACUUCCGGAGGAGAUCAAGCCAGUAUUCCGGGAUGAUAUGAUUGGCGUUACCUUAGAUGGAACGUCGCAGCCCUUGACUGUUACACGAGGCAUCCUCCGCGAUGGCGUGAACAUGGAGGCUAGCGUCCCCAUCUAUCGUAACAUCAAAAUACCCACGAAUACAUUCGACCAUAGCCGCGAUUUCCCACUAUCAUGGAUUCCGUCUUCCUCUAACCACAGAACAUGGACCAAGGUUGCAAAAUUUUCGGACCCGGCACUGCGGCAGGUACCUGCGAUAGCGACCUUCGUCUUUCAGCGUAGAACUGCAGAACCACAAGCAGUGUACCAACGUUUAACCGAGCUUUUACAGUCAUCAUCUCUAAUACCAUUUAGCGACUGUCUCAUCGAGCUUCGACUCGGCUACAGGACUGGAACUUCAUCGACGGCCUCUGGACAGUUGCCUAUCGUUAGCGCGAUGGAUAAUCUUCGACCUUCAAGGGGGCGGAUCGUCGAGUCUUCGGUCCUGCAUGAUCUUGGUUUGGAACUAUUUGCAGAGCUGUAUGGGGAUGGACGUUUUAAUGCACUACAGAUUGCCGCGUAUGUGGAUGCAGCUUAUGACUCUGAGGAGUUAUCAUCUCGGCAGACGGCACAUCCUUGUUUCCGCGGAAUCAUUCAGUGGCUAGCCGCAACCGGUUUGAUUCAGCAAUACACCCACCAGCCAGAAGUUCAUGCCUUUUCAGAGAUGGUUGUGGGCCCGUUUGGCGUCAAUAUAGAUCGUAGGACUAUGGUUCAAUAUGUCUACAGGAUGGGCCGAGUAUCUUCGUCAGGUGCAGCACAUGUUGCACCAGGGGAUCCAGUCGUUGAUGUUGCGUGUUUCAGUGCCUUGGCUUGGACUGAUGCAACUGAUGGCAGUGGACGGCGAGCGACAGCACCGAGUGGAAUUGGUUAUAAAUUGAUUGUCGUUCCUGAGCUUCGAGCUGUAUACCGCGGAGUGGUGGAAGAAUGUUGGAGCUUGCUGAUGGAGCUGUCGGCAUCCUCUUAG